AUGGUCUGCAUACUCGUCUCUACAGCCGUACGCAUAUCUCAGUGCCUCAAUCUUCACGUACUUGGACCAGAAGCCCCAAUCAUAGCAACAAGCAAUGGCACGGGACGAAAAAGGAGUGAUCAGGACCUUGUGGAGCGGGAGAUCCAGAAACGUAUCUGGUGGUUUCUAGUGCGAUACGACUGGUUGCAAAUUCCGUUUCAGAACCUUUGCCAGAUUCAUCCAACACAGUUCACCACGCCCAUCCCUCUGAACUGCUUUGACGAACCCGAACGCAUGAUACGGGAUGGAAUGGUCGUCACCCAGUCAGACCACGUAUCUACUUCGACUCGCUGGACAGUCACAAUGGACCAAGUUCUCAUAUGGAAGCACCAGGACCGAAUAAAUGCUGGCAACGCUCAAGGACAAGGUUCGCAAACCCUCGAAGCCUUGUAUGAACACGUUAUCUGGGCCGACAGAGAGAUCAAACAUCUCUAUGCCACCUGGCCGCUCUUCAUGCGCGAAGUUAAUGCUUCGGCGGUUCAGGCUGGAACCAACGAAUGCCUUCCUACAGUUCCGAUGCCGGGUCUUUUGUUACUUUGCACUGCGCAUAAGAUCCUCAGCGUACAUCGACACUUUCAGCUGCUGAGUUUUCGGGACAGACGCUUUGCUUUUACUCAGAUGUCCUGCCUCGCCGUUGUUGAGCGUGCUCUGAAUGCUGUUCAAGCAUGGCCUGACACAACCGAGACGCGCAUCGCGCGCCGGAUGUGGACGACUCUAACUCAAGUCGUAUCCUGCUCAGUUAAUCUGGUCUUCGCCCUUAUCUACAAAAAACAGAACCCCCUGAUGUACGACGUGUCCAAGCUUCGGAACUUGCUUUCUUUCACAAAGGACUUUUUGCAGCGUGAGCAGCACGCGAGCUCCAUUGCUGCGCGGGGAGUCAAGCUCAUCGGCGCUUUGGCUGACCUUGAGCGGUGGCCUGAAGGUCCAAAGGACAUCGAGGAAGAGAUGGGGCGUCUUGUGCGGCAAUUUGCUGCAAGUGAUGGCCGAGGACAUGGCAUGGUCCAAGCUGAGGCGCAGCAGAUUGUAUUCCCACCGCUAAGCCAGGAUGUUUGGGACAUAUUCAACACAGGGGGAAGCGCCUUUUCUGAGUAUUUGAUGGAUCAAGAUUUUCAGAUAUGA